CGGGGUCCGCCUAAGGGCCGAGUGGCCUGGGACCCGCGGCCUUGCUCUGUUCCCGGAGCGACUCCCGUAGUUGGCGAUUGCCGUGGUGGCGUUUCGGCGUUGCUGACCGCGCUCCCUCGUCACUUCGAUGACGCCGCGGUCCCAGCCAUGCCCAGCCUCAGAGUACGCCCUGAAGAGGCAGAAAUGGAACCCUCAGUCCCUGGACCAUCUCCUUGGACCCCCAGAACACAGGCCUGUGUGAGUGAUGCUCCCGCUGUGACCCACCCUGGAUCUGCACUUCAUGGUCCCCUCUGCUGUGGUGACGCUGAGCCAGAAGCCACCCCCCCUCACCAUCAGCAGCCAGAUUGGGACCCCAGGACUGAGGGCAAGGAGUUUCUUCAGAAGGAAGAAGCUUCUGAGGAUUUGGAAUCACAGGCAGAAACAUCAGAAAACCACGCCAGUGAUGUUUCCCAGACGCCUGAGCUUGGAGAACUCUGUGACGGUGCAUUAGAAAGAGACUGGGAGGUCCCUGAGGAUGAGAGAGAGGCACAGUCCCCCUGCUGGGAGGGGGACUUCACACCAGUGCAAGUGCUUCUCAGGAGCUCCUCAGGAGAGAAAGAGGUGGACUGUGACAAGGUCAAAAGAGGCUUCAGUCUGAGCCCAAGCCCAGUGGCACGUCAGGGAGCCCCUGCAGAAGAGAGGCCACAUCCACACGACACGCAUGGCCAGAGCUUCCCACGCAACAUGGACCUAAUCAGCUGUGAGGGGCUUCACGCAGCCGAAAGCCCGUUCAUAUGCAACGAGUGUGGGAACACCUUCCAAGGAGGCCCCGAUCUUAUUCAGCAUCAGACAGCGCACACUGGACAGAAGUCCUUCAUAUGUAAUGAGUGUGGAAGGCCCUUUAGCACACAUUCAGACCUCCUCAGGCACCGGCUUACCCACCGCGGAGAGAAGCCACACGUGUGUACUGAGUGUGGAAAGGCCUUCAGCCAGAGCUCCAGCCUUAAAAAGCACCAGAAGUCCCAUGUGAGCGAGAAGCCCUACGAAUGCAGUGAGUGCGGGAAGGCCUUCAGGAGGACCUCCAACCUCAUCCAGCAUCAAAGAAUCCACUCCGGGGAGAAGCCAUACGUGUGCAACGCCUGCGGGAAGGCCUUCAGGCGGAGCUCCAACCUUAUCAAACACCAGAGGGUCCACACAGGGGAGAAGCCCUUCGAGUGUGACGUGUGUGGGAAGGCCUUCAGCCAGAGCUCACACCUGAGGAAGCACCAGAGGGUCCACACCGGGGAGAGGCCUUACGCAUGUAGCGAGUGCGGCAAACCCUUCAGCCGGGUGUCCAACCUCAUUAAGCAUCACAGGGUCCACACGGGGGAGAAGCCCUACAAGUGCAGUGACUGUGGGAAGGCCUUCAGCCAGAGCUCAAGCCUCAUCCAGCACCGGAGAAUCCACACUGGAGAGAAGCCUCACGUGUGCGGUGUGUGUGGGAAGGCCUUCAGCUACAGCUCAGUGCUCAGAAAGCACCAGAUCAUCCACACGGGAGAGAAGCCAUAUGAGUGCAGCAUCUGUGGGAAGGCCUUCAGCCACAGCUCUGCGCUCAUCCAGCACCAGGGUGUGCACACGGGCGACAAGCCCUAUGAGUGUCGCGAGUGCGGGAAGACCUUCGGUCGCAGCUCCAACCUCAUCCUGCACCAGCGAGUUCACACUGGAGAGAAGCCCUAUGAAUGUACUGAGUGUGGGAAAACCUUCAGCCAGAGCUCAACUCUCAUUCAGCAUCAGAGGAUCCAUAAUGGGUUGAAACCCCACGAGUGUAACCAGUGCGGCAAAGCCUUCAACCGGAGCUCAAACCUCAUCCACCACCAGAAAGUCCACACUGGAGAGAAGCCCUACGCGUGCAUCGAGUGUGGGAAGGGCUUCAGCCAGAGCUCGCACCUCAUUCAGCAUCAGAUCAUCCACACCGGCGAGAGGCCCUAUCAGUGCAGUGAGUGUGGGAAGUCCUUCAGCCAGCGCUCGGUCCUCAUCCAGCACCAGAGGAUUCACACUGGGGUGAAGCCCUAUGACUGCACAGCUUGUGGGAAAGCCUUCAGCCAGCGGUCAAAGUUGGUCAAGCACCAGCUGGUUCACACCAGGGAGUGAAAAGAAACCGCAUGAGGCUCCACCCCGACUCCCCUGGCAAUGUCCCAGCCUCUCCCAUCCCGAGACUUGAGCUGGGCUCUCUCAUUCCCUCCACUCCACAGCCACUGCCCACAGAGGCCAUUGUCCACAAACCAGAGACCUUCCUGUGAGACAGGCUCCCCGCCGUGUGAGACAGGCUCCUCCCCCAACUCCCCUGCCGUUGCUCCUACUGCGUGUGACCUCAUUUCUUUUCAGUUUGCUUUUCCAGUUUGUUAUCAGACUGCCGUAUUUGUUAGAAGGGAAAAGAUUAUAGAGGCUGCAUACUUAGGAAGAGAGUUUAUUACUGUAACGGAACAUAACCAAGGAAGUAGACUGACAUUCAGUUUGAGAUAUGACCACAGCACUUCUUUUGUUUUGUCACUAGUCAUAAGAACUGAGUUCGCUGUCAAUGGCUGCAGUUGGCAUUCUGUUUACAUAAAGUCAGGUCAAGAGUGUUUCAGGUCUGGUUGCUGUCACCCUCUCCCAGAGGUGGUGCAUACUCAUCACCACCAACUCCUCACCCCUCUCCCUCCCAUCGCAUAAUGGGAUUCCCCCACUGCCCCCUUUCCUUGGUGCCUGCCUGCAGUCUGAGGUCGUGUGUUCUCACUCUGCUGUGCCUCAGGCCCCCGUGGCCACUCAGGGCUGCAGCACAGUUAAACGUGAGGCUCUUUCCCAAGCUCCAGUCCUGGCCUCACCCACAGAGGUCCCUUCUCUCCAUGCCCCUCCUGUUCACCCCACAGGCUCCCAGGUCCAUCAUCAGACAUUGAUGGGGCACCUAGGUGCUCCUAGGAGGUGGGCCCUGGUCCCAUAAUCCCCAAGCUGGGGGAACUUGGCCCAGAAGCAACACCUCUACCACCAGGGAGGCCUUGACCUGGGGAUGUUACGGGAUGGAUAGGUUGGGGUGGGGGGCACCUCCUGCAUUGCUCCAGGAGAAAGGGUAGCAAUGGGCAGGUAUCAUCAGGUUUGUACUUAUGGUGGGAAGGUAAGGUCUUGGCUCCUAUGUUAUCAAGGAAGUGGAGGCAAGGCCAGCAGUGGCAGAUGCGGAGGGAGAGGUGGGAGUUUGGAGAGAACAGUGUGGAAGGGUUGACUUGGAUGCACAGGUGUGUCCCGUGGGCUUGGGCAGCAUGGGCUGCCCACCCUCACCCCAGAGACCCUGCAAAGCAGCUGGCACUGCUGCCCUGCAGAGGCAUCUGUCACACCCUCCCCUCCACCUCAGCCCCUCCCCCAAGGCAACACCCCAGUGGGAUGCAGCUUGGACGGCAGUCCUGCCCUGCCACCCUCCAGCUCCCCGCCCCGGUCUCUGCCUGACGAGACCUCGCACUCUCUCACUGUAGGGCAGCUCCUCAUCCAGCCUGGAUUUGAUGACUCCCAUUUUCAGUAAGUACGUGCUGGGCACUUGCUCUGUGCCAUUCACAGUGGGGAUACAGCAGGAAACAAGAAAGACAAAAAUGCCUGCCGUCGAGGAGUUUGCAUUCCAGCGGGGGAGAGAAAAUUGUCUAACAGUUAUGAUUGGUGUGAUGAAAAGUAAAGCAGGAAAUGGGGUCUGGGUGUUUUGAGGGUCUCAGUCUUAAAUGGGGGCAGAGAAGGCCUCAGUGAGACGUCGUGUGAGCUAUGACCUGCAGCAAGUGAGAGAAUGACCCAGGAAGGUGGGUUAGGGUUAGGGUUGGCAGCAGCAGGGGGCCUGUGGGCCAGGGGCACAGUGACGAAGAAAGAGCAGACAGGUGGGACCGUAGGCGGGCCCCACAGGCCUGCAGCUUCUACUCUGGGUGGAAUGGCAAGAUGUAGACGGCUUGGACCUGACGUGCAUCUCAGGAGGAUUGUCUGCUGUGUGGAGAAGAGGUUGGCGGGGCAAGCGUGUGCCCCUCUCUCUGUCACUGCCUUUUCAGCUCCUUUUCCCCUUCCCCGGCCUCCAAACCGCUAGUGAAUCCCGAGGCCGAGGCCCAGGUGAGCAACAGCUGCCACCUCUGGGAGACAAAAGGUCCACAGGAAGGGGCUCCUCUGCUCCCUCAGCCCUGCAGGCGGCUGGGGAGAAUUCACCUGAUUUUGUGCCGUCUGCAGCCUGAGAAAUUUUAAUUUCAGGACGUCAUGUUUUGAAAGAGGAAUGGUCUUGAAAAGCAAAUGUCCGUCAACCACCGCCUGUGUCUUCCCUUUUGACUUUCACGGUGUCCUUGGAAGUGUAUUCCUUGGGGAGUAAGGGCUGAGUCUGUGAGAUCCAUAGGUAAAGUCACUGACCUCGGGCCUGGAUGCCUCGUUCCCGGGUGGCCAGAGCCUGGCCGCAGCCUCAGGGAGUGGCUCCAAAGGGGUACACAUCUGUGCCCCCGGGAGAGUGACAGCCAUGAUUUCAAACAGAGCUUCCCCAAUUUGACGUUUUAAAUUUAAAGUCAACAUCAUUCUAGAAAAUGCAAAUGUUGAAAAGGGGGGAGAAAAGGGAACACUCUUGCACUAUACUCCAAUAAAAAAAUUAUUUUUUUAAAAAAGAAAAGAAAAGGGGGAAAGAUAUCAUACAUAAUUCCACCACUUAACUCAUUCUCUAGGGACAGCAGUGCAGGGCUGAGACUUGGUCCGAGCAAGAAGCAGAGACGGGGAGCACAGCCACUGUCCAGAGAGCUACCUGGACUCCAAGCGGGGAGGUGAGCAGUAAGUUUCAGGUGGACAACAUACUGAUUCACAAUUAUUAAAGGUUAUACUCCAUUUAUAGUUAUUAUAAAAUAUUUGCUGUAUUCCUUGUGUUGUACCGUAGAUCCUUGGGGCUCAUUUUAUACCUAAUGGUUUGCACCUCUUACUUCCCUACCCCUAUACUACUCCUCCCCCCUUCCCUCUCCCCACGGGUAACCACUAGUUUGUUCUUGACGUCUGUGAGUCUGCUUCUGUUUUGUUAUGUUCACUGGUUUGUUGUAUAUUUGUAGA